AUGAAAGCUGAUUAUGAAGAGCACGACGCUAUUCUGAUCGCUCGUUGCAUGAUGCAGAUCAAGGCCAUGUUUGAUACUGAUGAAGGUCUGAACUUCAUUCAACAGUAUUACAUCAAUCAAGGACUGAAGAAGUUUGGUGAUGAUGGAAAGGAUGCUGUGGAUGAGGAAUUGAGACAAAUGCUCCUGAGAGAUUGUUUCACUCCCGAAUUUGUUAAAGACAUGACCGCUUCUGAGCGAAAGAAGGCCCAAUCAGCGAUGAUGUUACUCGCGGAGAAGCAAUUCAAAAAGACAAUUAAAGGUUGCCUAGUAUUCCGAGGCGAUGGAACUCGUGAAUGGUUAUUGCGAGAGGACACUGCAAGUCCAACUGCUUCACAAGAAGCAAUCACCACUACUUGUGUUAUUGAUACACACGAAGGUAGAGAUGUAAUGACGCUGGACGUGCCUAACGCUUUCAUUCAAACUUAUAUGCCUGAAGCUAAGGAAGGAGAAGAUCGCGUCUACAUGAAAAUCACUGGCAUGAUGGUCCAGAUAUUGAUUGACAUGGCCCCAGAGUAUCGCGAAUACAUUGUAUUAGAGAACAGAAAGGGAGUAAUCUAUGUGCGGUACUACGUGCUAUUUAUGGUAUGUUGCAAUCAAUUUCGAAGUGAUCUGGAGGCAAAGGGGUUUGUUUUCAACCCCUAUGACCCGUGUGUUGCUAAUAAAGUUGUUAAUGAAAAACAGCAAACUAUCAGAUUUCAUGUUGACGAUCUUAUGUCAAGUCACAUGGAUCCGAAAGUAAAUGACGAUUUUGCUAAGUGGUUGAACAUGAGAUAUGGUUUGAUCCAGGCUUGUACAAUCGUCAGAGGAAAGAUACACAGAUAUCUUGGAAUGACUUUGGACUUCUUGGUGAAAGGAAAACUCAAGAUCCGCAUGGACGAUUAUGUCAAGAACAUGUUGGAAGAUUUUCCUAUCAAGUUCAACAAGGAUUCAAAGCAGGAAACACCAGCUGGUAACAAUUUACUGGAAGCUAGUAAAGGGAAGCUACUCAGUGCUGAGUACCGUCAUAUCUUCCAUACUACUGUUGCAAGGGAACUUUAUGUCUCUAAGAGAGCUUGUUUGGAUAUCCAUCCAACGAUUACUAUUCUUGCCUCAAGAGUUCCAGAACCUACAGAGUCUGAUUGGAAGAAGUGUGUUUGCAUGAUGCAAUAUAUGUUUUGUACAUUGUUGUAUCACCUGACACUUUCCGCAGGAUCACUACGAGUCAUGAAAUGGAUGAUUGACGCAUCAUUUGCGGUGCAUCCAGAUAUCAAGAGCCAUAAUGGCGGCAAUCUGUCCUUUGGAGGAGGUGCAGCUCAAGUGAUGUAA